AUGGGUGUAUAUCUGCUAACAAAACGACAAAGACGAUCAGGCCUCAAAACAAAACACGAAAUCAAAAAGAACUUUGCAACAAGUUUAUUUUCAAAAGAGUUGGUACUGCAUGUGUUCAGUUUCUUAUCUUUCAAAGACUUAAUACAAUGUGCCGCAGUGAGUACGGAUUGGCGUAGAAUAGCCAACGAUGAAAUGCUUUGGAAACCAUUGUUCAAUCGUCAUUUUAGGGAUCCACUUUUAUUAGAAGAUAGAAAGACAAAGUUUCAGUAUCACCGACGGUCCUCUGUGACACGACAAGGAGGAAGCUGGAAAGCGAAAUAUAGAAUACACCAUAAUUGGCUACGAGGCCAAUGCUACAUCAACGAUCUCUUUUUAAAGUUGGUGGAGGGACCUAUAAACCGUUUAAUAGCUGGCUAUUCAAAUGGUGGGUUUACCCUUUGGGAGAUAUCCGGGACCAACUUGAGGGAAAUUACAAAUUACAAUCCAUCGAGUCAACAUGACAAGGUAACGUCCGUUGGCAUGGAGUAUCCCAUGAUACUUGUCUGCACAGAAAGUAUGAAACUAUCUGUAUUUCAUGUCACUCCAUCGCUUUCAUUGGAGCUGAUACAUCGUUUACAAAGUCCUAUGGAUUGGUCUCCCGUUGCUAUAGAGAUUCAGAAACACGAGUCGAAAAGAAAGACUGGUCUAUGGAAAGUGAUUGUCUGCUUUGGGUUAUCCGGUGGAGGAUUUACGUCGUCUAUUGGUGUACAGGAAUUCAUCUUGUCUACAAGUGCAGUUAUUUCAUCCAAACAUGGAUUUGCUCUUGAUUUUGAGUCUGUUUAUCCAUCCCUAAAUACAGUCUCCGAAAAAAUUACAUCCAUGGCUUAUGCUCCACCCCAUUUAAUUACGGCGCAUCCAAACAACACGAUGAAGCAAUACUUUAUUCGGGUUAAUGAUCAUACACUCGACAUUGCUUUUAAAAGGACACUAUACGGACAUACAUUUAAAGUGGAUGCCCUGGCUAUCGACCCGUCCAGACGAACCUUGGUAAGCGGAGAUAAAUCAGGCCUUAAAAUCUGGGAUUUGGCCAAAAAGGGGGAAUGUCAAGUGACUCUCAACAAUCAUGUUCAUCAAUCAAGCAUGGAUGAGUUGCCUGAUUUCUCAAUCAAGAAUCUGGGGUUUGAUGAAGACAAAAUUUACGCUGUCGUUCAUUCCAUAGAUAGAUCAUUUGUUCGCUUAUGGUCGUUUAAUUCGAUGAAAUUGUAA